UCUAGAACUGGUAGUUCCCACUUACUCGCCUUGUCCCUUAUUGGCUUCUGAGCUUGGCCUCUUUUCUUUUUUUUUCUUCUUCUUUUCUUCCUUUCUUCAUCCGCUUCUUUGCUUUAUUUCUGUUUUGUAUUUCACCUUUUUUUGCCUCUUUUUUUCUUCUUCUUUAAUUUCGCUUCUCCCCACGAGCCAGAAUGUUGACCGUUCGCUCGUUUUUCAAUCUUGUUGUUUUUCUGCUCCUCGGCGUCCUCAGCGGCGGCGUCGAGGCGCAGAGGAAGGGUGGGCGGAGACAGACUCCUCAGCAGCAAUUUGCCCAGGUUCCCCAGGGUGUCAGCAAGGCUACCGAUGGGUCCACGAUCCUCGACAUGACGGCCAAGGUCAACGGCGCUGAUUUGAGGUUCAAGAUCAGCGGUCCUGCAGACCAGUUUACAGCAGCCUCGGGGGUUCAGGGCGGCGCUCAACAGGCCGGCGCCGAGGGUAACUUGGGACUGAAUGUGCUGCUUCAUGGAGACGGUGGACAGUCUUUCCUUGAUUUCCCGAACCAGGCCGUUCAGGGUAACCUUAUGGGUGUUGUUGUGCUUGCGCCGUCGGUUAAUCUUCUCUGGGGUAACCGUCAGGGCCAGCCGGCUGGUAACGAUCGUCCCGAUGGCGUUGCAGACGCACAGGCGGUCAAUGACUUGAUCCUGGAUGUCCUCCCCCAAAUGGUGGCGUUCAACAAGUCCAACGUCUUCUUCACCGGUGUUUCCGGAGGCUCCCUGACGCUGUCGGGCUUCUUCAUGCCCGCGCACCUGACCAACUUCAAGGGCAACGGCGUGCUCCUCGACUGCGGAGCGCUGCCCCCGGCGGUCGAUUUCAAGGACGCGGCCGCCACCCUCUCAACCACAAAGAUCCACUUCCAGAGCAGCCAGCGGGAGCUCUCGAGCCUGCAGCAGAGCAUCCCGCAGGCCAUCCAGGCGUACGAGAAGCUCGCCUCGGACGCUGGUCUCAGCACAGACCAGAUCAACGCGUUGCAGACGGUGGACGCGACGCCCAACGGCGGGCACUGCGCCUUUGACGGCAAGGACUUCGUCUCGGGCAUCCAGCUGGUUGCCGACAACUACAAAAACAUCAUGCAGGGCGGCGACGGCGCCGUCAAGGGCAUCAACGUGGCGACCGUAUUGAAGGGAGUCGUGGGCAACGAGAAUCCCUUUGGACGCGGCCGAGGCGCUGCCGCCGCGGGUGCUGCUGCGGGUGGUGCUACGGGAGCCGGCAAGCAGACCGGGAGGACGGCCAAGCAGGCUUCGAGGUUGGCUGCCGCAAGGCUUAACGCUAGGGCGCUCGGGCAGCUUGACCAGAACUAGGUAGUUCUGGAAGUAGUGCUCUGAUUGGCUAGGUAGAUUUGGUUGCUGAAGAAUAUAACUGUCACGCUCAAUAAAUUAUUAGUCCUACGAUACGUACAGUACAGUACCUUACCUAGCCUAUGCGAAAUAUCCGGCUUACCAUA